GUUCUUUGUACACAUCCUUGGUGUAAUGGUUCAACAAGAGCAGGAAAGUUAUAGGCCUAGACUGUUUCAUUCCAAGGGGAUGCAUGAACAUUCUGGCAGACAUUCUAAGAGUUUGAGCAUUGAGAGUGCUAGUAGAUUGGAAGAACCUGCUAUGGAAGAUGGGAGUUUGUUUAGGAUUGCUUCGAAGGCUCGAAGCGGGCAACCUUCAUCGGAAAAGCCACAGCUUGGGAGAGCUGUUACUUGUAAUGACAGGAUGGAUGCUCCCGUUAAUCCCAAGCCUAGCCUUCGCAGGGAAGAUACUUCGGAUUCAUCUCAAAUUAUUGAAAAACUCCACCAGGAUAUGAAGCAAAUGCAGGAAAGGUUUGCAAAAUUGCUCUUGGGAGAGGAUAUGUCUGGUGGCGGAAAGGGAGUUUCAUCAGCUUUAGCAUUGUCGAAUGCCAUUACAAACCUUGCAGCUUCUGCAUUCAGCGAGCAAAACCGUUUAGAGCCCAUGGCACCUGAAACAAAAGCAAGGUGGAGGAAAGAGAUUGAUUGGCUUUUAUCGGUGACUGAUCAUAUUGUUGAAUUUGUUGCUUCUCAACAGAAAUCUAAAGAUGGCAGCAAUAUGGAGAUCAUGGUGACACGACAAAGAGUUGAUCUUCUUAUGAAUAUCCCUGCAUUGCGCAAGCUUGAUGCAAUGCUGCUUGAUUGUUUAGACAAUUUCAAGGAAAAAAAUGAGUUCUAUUAUGUAAAGAAUGCCCCAGACUCAGAAAAAGGCGGUGCCAAAAGAAAUGAUGAUAAAUGGUGGCUGCCUACGGUUAAGGUUCCUGAGGGAGGUCUAUCUGAAAAUGCUAGAAAAUUUAUACAGUGUCAAAAGGAUUGUGUAAACCAAGUGCUUAAGGCUGCCAUGGCCAUAAAUUCCCAAGUUCUAUCAGAAAUGGAGAUCCCUGAGAAUUACAUUGAAUCAUUGCCUAAGAAUGGGAGGGCAAGUCUUGGAGACUCAAUCUAUCGAAGUAUUACAGUUGAAUUUUUCAAUCCUGAUCAAUUUCUCUCCACGAUGGACUUAUCAUCAGAACACAAAAUCCUAGACCUCAAGAAUAGAAUUGAGGCUUCCAUAGUGAUUUGGAAGAGGAAGAUGGUCCAAAAAGAUGGAAAAUCAGCUUGGAGUUCAGCUGUAAGCAUGGAGAAGAGAGAACUUUUUGAAGAGAGAGCAGAGACCAUCUUAAUCAUCCUCAAACAAAGAUUCCCUGGAAUUCCUCAGUCUUCACUAGACGUUAGCAAAAUUCAAUACAACAGGGAUGUUGGGCAGGCAAUACUGGAAAGUUAUUCCAGAAUACUAGAAACUUUGGCCUACACAGUCUUGUCUCGAAUUGAAGAUGUACUUUAUGCUGAUUACGCCAUAAAAAAUCCAGAUGCAAGUGAAUCUAGAAAUCCUCUAAUAGAUACUGAAUUGACAGGAUCAGAAUGUUUAAUGGAACACAAAAAUGCAGAUUCAAAGAUACAAACACUGUUAGAUUUUAUGGGUUGGGAUGCGGACCAAGGUGAGAAUGAAGAAAGUAAGGAUGGAGAAGAUCAAUCAGAUGAACCUGCCAAAGAAGUUGAAGGAAAAUUAAGACAUAAAAUUGCUAACAUAAUAACUCAGAAGAAGGUUUCUUACCUUGAGACCUUAAGUGCUCUAAGAAGUCCGACAGCACGCCAUUAAGUAACAAUCAUAAGGGGGAGAAUGUAACCCAUCUAAAAUUAAAAAAAAAAAAACCUGAAACCAGAAAGAGAGAAAAGAGAUGAAAAAGAAAACACUAAGAGUGAGAAAGCCUGACCUUCAGAUGUAAAUCUUGGGACUCCAGAGGGGAAUCUUCAUGAGUUGCUGACUUGUGAUUAUUUAUUCUCAUCUUGAUCAUUUGUAAAUACGGAAAAAUGAGUAAUACUGCUGUUUUCAGAGGUGAUUUUUUUUUCUUGUACAAGUAAGGGCUCUUUUAGCAGAUAAGUAGCCACUGAAAUAUGUUUCAGUGAUUUGUUUCAUCUUGGUUUGGUCCAAGCUUGCUGUAAUCAUCAUU